UCAUGAAAAUAGUGGGUUUGCCGUACAAUUUUUAAAAGCUACAUAUAAGUACGUUAUAUGCAAUUUAUAAUACAAUUACAUUAUAAUUAUAGACUAUAUUUUACAUCUAUAAAAUUUUUAAAGAAAAUUUUGUCCACACAUAUACAGGUAGCGUGUGACGUGUGCGUCUCCGACUCCUCCGGCCGGUCCAUCGCAUCACAGCCACACAUCACGCCGUAGUAGGAUUAGCCAAGCCAAGCGAUAAGCCACUCAUUUCGUCGCCGUGUCCCGCGUGGCUCGCCGCCAUGGACGCCGCCGUCUCCCUCCACCUCCACGGGGCGCUCCCGCUCCCCGCCUCGCGCGCGCUCCACCAUCUCAACCCGGCCUCCUCCGCCGCCGCCGCCGCCUCGGCCAAGCAGCAUCAGCAGCCGCGCGCGCGCCUAGCUGUCACGACCGCGCGGCCCAGCAGCAGGACACGCGCGCGCGCCGCGGCGGCGUCGGCGCCGCCAGUUCCCCCUGUCGUUCAUCAGCAGCACCGCCUGUCGUCCAGCCGCGCGGCGACGGGGUACGCGGCGGCGCUGGCCGACGCGUCGCUCCGAGCCGGGACGCUGGCCAGUGCCGCCCGCCACGCGCGCGCGCUGCUCGUCUCGGACGCCGCCGCCGCCGUCGACGUUGCUGAGGAUUCGCGGGUGGUCGCGCUGGUGAGGAUGCUCGUCGGCAAGGGCAAGGCCGCCAUGGUCGCCGACGUCAUGGCCGAGUUCGUCGCCAUCUGCGACCGCCUCCUCCUCCUCCCCGCGCGCCCCCACGCCGCCACCUCUUACUAAAGAAUUACAUUACUCUGUCAGACUCUGCUACGCUGCAAUUAAACCUCGCAUGUUCAGAAUUGCUGCUUGUUCAUUGCAACACUUGCAUAUUGCCAAUUCAUUUCUCAGUAAAAUAUCAGCUUAAAUCUCUACUCUUUUUUUUUUGUCGGGCCAUACAUGCUACGUCCCAAAAUAUAGUAAUCUAGGAUCGGAUUGGAUAUAUCUCAAUGCUACGAAUUCUAGAUUGAUGUAUUUUAGAACGAAUGGAGUAAUUUACAUAAUGUUAUUCCUGAAUCAUCAUA